UGAAGGCAAGACAGGAUUCAGACAAAAAGAGAGGCAAGGCUGUGGUCUCGGCUGGGACAACAGCUAUGGAGGAACAGGAGAAUGCACAAAACUCAAUACUUGGUCAUCGCAAGUUGAGUCUUGAUUCUCAAAUAAGGAGCCCAACAGGGUCAUGUGAUCCUGUUCUUGAGGAAGAUUUUGUGGUGCUAGAAAGAGAUGACUCUUGGAUAUCAUCGGAUGGGGAUGUCGCUAAUGAUGACAGGAUAAAAACAAAGAAAUCUGUUAGAGGAAAAGUUAAGGAAGAUCCCUCUCUUAGCUACAGGGAUGAUAACCUUUCACAGCAGGAAAAGGACACUGAAGAGACGAGCAGGAGAAAACCUGAGACACUUUCAGUCACAAACGCUGAGGGUUCACACACAGCCGCUUCUCAAAGCAAAAGAGGUCAACCCUCAGCUGAAGUGACAGGCGGCAGGUGUCGGCUAAAAGGAGACGGUCCUGUUGGAGCUAACAACACUGAGACAACUGGUAGAGAGAAAGCAGAGAGGGAACUCAACAGGAAUGACCAAAAUGAAGGGCGAGUCACUCCUAGUGUGGAGCGUAUUUUAUCUGAAAGCACCAGUAAAUCUGUAAGAAGGAGCAGCAGUGGUUGGGAAGCGUGUUCUGAAAAGGUGGACUCAGAAAAACAAGUGGAAGCGGACCAGUCCAGACUAAGCAGGUUUGCUGGAGCGGUCUACAGGAGGGCUAAAGAAGGCAUAUCUAAGAAAGAGAACCAAGAGACCAGGAAAGACGCCAAUACUCGCCUCUCGAAGAACCCAAGCUUCGAUUUACCACUGCUGCAAGACAACGUCUCGUUUUCAUUGGAACAAAGCAACGUGAUCCCUCCUCUUCCUCUGCCAGGGAAUGAAGGCAGCGAUGGAAAGAUACAGGUUGCCUGCUUGAAGAGAGAGAGUGAGCUUGUGUCUUUCUCUGCUGUCAUCACUCCUCCACCCGUAACUCAUCUGUUCCCAAAGGGAGACACUUCAAUGGAAGAGCAAUCAGAAGUGGCAGAGUCCCCGGUGGCACCCAGAGCUUCACGUGAUUCUAUGGAAGACUGUGCACCGAAAGAAAAGCCCAAAGGUAAAGGUCCACCUCCACCUGUCCCUAAAAAACCUAAAAACCCAUUUAUAAAGCUUAAAACUGCACAGUUAAUGUCUACUGAUGUGCAAAGACGCAGCAAAGACCAUCUGCGCUCUGAGGAGAGGGCCAGAAGGAGGCACACGUUUGAUUUCAACAAGAUCCUUCCAUGCAACGCUCCAGCUAGUCAGGACAUGUGCAUGCUUUGGGAUGAAAGGGGCACUUACACAGUGCCAAUGGACAUACGACGCCUGUCAGCUGACCUUAGCCAAUGGGAAUCCUCAGUUGAGUGCAUGGAUGAUCGGUUUGGAGAUAUAAUAGACUUUGACUUCUGUACACGUUUGGCAACGCUGUCACCAGACGAAGACCUGCAGAACCUGGACAUGCUGCAGAGAAGAGUGUUCCUGGAGAGACAAUCCAGGUUUAAAAGUUCACAAAAGCCCCCACAUCCUUCAGCAUCCACAGAGAGUUUACAUAUACCUGAGGUCCCAGCAGAACAUGAAGCCCAAAGACCAAAACCUCUUUACUCAAAGAACAGAGAAAUCCCCCAUGAGCCCAUUUCUGAAAGAGUCAGUGCACAGAUAAGUGACGAUAUCCACACUAGCAAUGGCACCACUAAAGACAUAACUGAUUACGGUCGAUCUAAGCUUGCAGGAGCUGAGGUGGGUUCCUACAAGCCUGUAUCAGAGAUCAUCAAAGAAACCAAUCAAAUGCAGAGACACCAAGGCCGGCAGAAACCUGAAGCAGACAAAGCUCAAGUCCGGGUGUCAGAGCAGAGUCCCAGUGUGAAAGUCUCUCAGAUGAAGAAUGCUUUCGAUGUCCCAAAGAAAUCCAGAGAGAGACCAGCAGAAGUUCAAGCAUCGCCAAAGAAAGAUAUGUUGCGACGAGUUGUGCGACAGAGCAAGUUUCGUCAUGUGUUUGGUCAGGCCGUGAGGAACGACCAGUGCUACGAUGACAUCCGCGUGUCCAGGGUCACAUGGGACAGCUCCUUCUGUGCCGUCAACCCCAAAUUUGUUGCCAUCAUCAUAGAAGCCAGCGGGGGAGGAGCCUUUCUGGUUCUUCCCUUACAAAAAACUGGCCGUAUAGACAAGGUCUACCCGACAGUAUGUGGUCACACAGGCCCUGUGUUGGACAUCGACUGGUGUCCUCAUAAUGACCUCGUUAUCGCUAGUGGAUCAGAGGACUGCACAGUCAUGGUCUGGCAGAUUCCUGAAAACGGACUGGAGACCCCGCUGUCAGAGCCCGUGGUCGUGUUAGAGGGCCACUCUAAGAGAGUCGGCAUUGUGUCCUGGCAUCCCACCGCUCGCAACGUUCUCCUUAGUGCAGGGUGUGACAACCAGAUCGUCAUCUGGAACGUAGGCACAGGAGAGGCCAUGAUCAACCUGGAGGACAUGCACCCUGACGUUAUCUUUAGUGUCAGCUGGAGCCGCAACGGCAGCCUGCUGUGCACCGCCUGCAAGGACAAGAAGGUCCGCGUCAUCGACCCUCGUAAAAAGAAGAUUGUGGCGGAGAAGGACAAAGCCCACGAGGGAGCUCGGCCUAUGAGAGCCAUCUUUCUAGCAGACGGAAACAUUUUCACCACUGGAUUCAGCCGCAUGAGCGAGCGCCAGCUAGCUCUGUGGAAAAGUGACAACAUGGAUGAGCCGAUAUGUGUACAAGAGAUGGACUCCAGUAACGGCGUUCUGCUGCCUUUUUACGACCCCGACACUAAUGUAGUCUACCUGUGUGGAAAGGGUGACAGCAGCAUUCGGUACUUUGAGAUCACUGAUGAGGCCCCUUAUGUCCACUACCUCAACACCUUCUCCACCAAGGAGCCCCAGAGAGGGAUGGGGUACAUGCCCAAAAGAGGCCUGGACGUCAACAAAUGUGAAAUUGCAAGGUUUUACAAAUUACACGAGAGAAAGUGCGAGCCAAUCAUCAUGACAGUCCCACGUAAGUCCGACCUAUUUCAGGACGACCUGUAUCCCGACACAGCCGGCCCUGAUCCUGCCCUGGAGGCAGAGGAAUGGUUCGCUGGAAAAAACGGAGGCCCAAUCCUGAUCUCACUCAAAGACGGCUAUGUCUCCACAAAGAACCGGGAUCUUAAAGUGGUCAAGACGAACGUGCUAGAGACCAAACCGGCCACGAAACCAGAACCCAUCACAACGUCUCGACUUGUGGAGAAGCACGCUUCUCCACAGCCCUCAGUGAAAAUGGAAGACAAACUGGAAGAGGUACUCCGAGAGUUCAAGUCGCUCAGGGACCGCGUCAUCCUCCAGGACCGCCGAAUCGCCAGACUGGAAGAGCAGGUUGCCAAGGUUGCCAUGUGAGACGUUUUUGUUUUGUUUUUUUGGAGAGGAAGGAACAGACGGGGAGGGGUCAGCCACGGCCAAAUGUUCACGAUUCGGCUACAUGGAGCUUGGCGUCAUACCUGAGACCAGACCAAGCCUACAUUCCAAGAUGGACUUUUUUUUUUUUCCUCGCCAACUUUCACAGUUCCCUCAGCCUCACACUCACACAGAUAAGGAAGAACUCUCGCCGCUCAUGUUCACAUUUGAAGGAAAAGACAUUUUUGUUGAAGAAAAGUCUUAACUUUUUUGUGGUUAAACAUUCUCAUGUGAAGUUUGAACUCAGAAAACUGUAUGUAGCAUCAGUAUUUCCAUUGUUAUUUUCUUUUGUGUUGCCAAAUAUGAAUGGUGUGCGGUUUUAUGCACUGCUUUUGCAUUUCUUUCCCUCUUUGUCGUACAUUCCAGUCACAUCCUGGUAGAUUGAUUUAGUCGAACUGGAAAUUUUUUUAAACAAUAGUUGUUGAACUUUUAUCCUGCCACCAGUUUGCUCAUUGAUCAGAUUUAUGAAUGUGGAAGAAUUCCUCGAUUCUUCUUUUUGUUCCUGUUCUUCUGAGCUUGAAAUUCAACAUCGGGCUUAA